AUGUCCAAAGCAGUGAAACGCAAGAGAUCGGUCUCCAAAGAAACGACUGACUCAGAUCUCCAACUGAUCAGUAACUCUCAAUCCGCUCCUAAAAUGAAUCCUGGCUACAAAACCCUUCUCGCAAAGUCGCCAGGCGGUACCCAAUUUCUCACGAGCUUCGAACUCGCCCUUGCAAAAGCUGCUGAACGAUCUCAAGCUGAAUCCCUCUUCAAGGUCACACCUGCAGAAGCCAUUGAAGAGUUUCGUCGCCUUAUUGCUCUGAAGGUCUACAUGAAGGAUACCGAUGGUAUACUACUGAGCCCAAGCCCAAUCAUGGACGCUAUCUGGCAUGAAGUCAUCCUCGACACGAAGACCUACGCUUCAAUGCAAACCACAUUAGGCUGCACACUGCACCACCGGCCUGAAGUAGCAAGUGUUGCAGAGAAAGACGCAGUGAGAUCAGAUUGGCAACGAUGGAAGCAAUGUAUGUGAAGUAUUUCGGAGACAUGCCGCUCGCAGAACGUGAUAAGGAUCCUUAUCGUUCUUCCAGUCCAGAAGAAGCAAUACUUGAGUAAUUAUACCUUAUUAUCAUGAUGUGAUCAAGCUAACAAGCUUCUAAUCAGACAACCACCAGCAAAGAAAGUUAAGUAUGAUCAAUCUGAAAUUCAAGCAGCACGGAAAAUUCGGUUGGUUGUAGUAGACUAUUUUGGGCAACGUAGAGCUCACGAAAUACUUGCGGAAAGCUGUGUCGUUACUGAGAUUUGGAAACUGGGCAAUCUUGGCGUUACACUCGAUGACUUUCGAGCAGUGUGUAACGGCCAACAACUGCAAGAAGGGCACUAUGCAGAAGAUCACAGAAUCACGAAUGGUAGUGUUGUCCACCUUGUCCAGAAACUGCGAUGA